AUGUUCGAAACAUUCGAAAUUCAUUUCUUAUUGUUCGAAUCGAAUAUGAACAUCGAAACAAAUAUUAUCUAUUGUGAUCGUUGUCAUCCAUCAGCAUUGGUAAAUGGUAAUCCACCAACAUUGAAUGGUGAUUAUUAUUUUACUAAAUGUGGUAAAAUAUUUUGUAAAACAUGUAUAACGACAAGAAGUGAAUGUAAUAAUUGUGGUACGAAUUGUGCAAGUAAAAUUAUCGAUAAACAUAUGAACAUUGAAAUGGCAAUCUAUUUUCGUGAUUAUCAACAGCUAAGUAAAACAUUGAAUUCGGUAUAUCUUUUUCAAAUGAAAAGAUGUCGACAAAGUAUACAAUAUCUAUUGAAAGCGAAUGAUAAAAUGAAAAAAUCAUUAGCCGAAAGAGCUGCUAUUCGAUCAAGAAUUGAAGAAAAAGAUCGUGAAAUUGAACAAUUGGAACGUCAAUUGAAUGAAUUGGAACGAGAACAGCAACAACAACAGCAAAAUACUCAACUACAACAACAAUCUCAACAAUUUGUAAAACCAAAUGAUUCAUUUAUGGCUACAUUUAUGCAUCAUGUUGAUCAACAAGUGGAAAAUCCUCAAUUAGCAACCAAUAUUGAUCAUCAUCAUCAACAACAAUUAGAUUUCAAUGUAGAUCCUAUUGUUGAUACGGGUUUUCAUCAUCCUCAUCAUCAUCGCCAUUCAUAUCAAUCAAAUUUGCCUGGCACACAAUUAUCAUCAUCACGUUCACAUAGUCGAUAUAUUAGUCCAAGUAUAAUAAGUCGUGGUUCGGAUAAAAGUUCAACAAUCGGUUUAGCAUAUCCAAUACGAAGAGAUCAACAUAAAUCUCAACAAAUACCGGUACCGCCACCGAUACCACCAAUGCCACCAUCAUUACCACCAAUCAGAAUUCAAUCAACAUCAUCAAGUCAACAUAGUAGUCGUAAUAAUAAUAAUUUACGUUCAACAACAGCAUACAUUCAAACAUCACAAUGGAAUCGAUCACAUUUAUCAUUUCGUUGA